AUGCAGAUCGACCCGGCUGCUCUGAGUCGGACAGACUCGGCCUCUACUACAAUAGCCUCGUCCAAAAGCACUGCUCCAAAUGCUCCGCCAACGCAGAAGUCUACCAAAGCCCUCAUUUCCGUGCCGCGCCUGGACCUCGAGCCCAUCUACACCGAGCUGAAGGCCGCCAUCGGUGACAAUUGGGCCGACUACAAAGAAGCUACCUCGCUCUUUCUUCUAGGACAACUGAACCAGAGCGAAUUGUCGUCGCGAGUCGAUCAUAUAAUAUGCGCCGAUCAAAAAACUGAGCAUCUACAUAACAAUUUCGUAUGCGCGAUUAUCGGCAAUCUUACAAGGGAUCUUCCAGAUCAUGGUGUCGCAAGUUGGGUGUCGGCAAACGACAAGCCGUCCGUCGUGUCAAAGCCGACAUCGGGCGAUGCCGCUGAACAAAGGCUCAAGACGGAGGUUAUGCAACUCCCUCCCCGGGAUCGUCGACGAAUCAAAGCUAUCCCCGAGCGUGACCCCCAUGAACUCGCACCCAACGAACUGGAGGAAUAUCAUUUGGCGAAACAGAUCAAGUUGCCAAGUCAAGUACCAGCCAGUGCGGGCGGGUUGAAUAAGACAAACUGGGAACUCGAAAUUCGAAAACGAUAUGCACAGCCUCUGGCGUCAGAGUCCGGCGAAUUCCCGGACGCCGAAUCUAUCCACGCACGUAUGGUUCCCAUUUGCUACGAGGAAUCAAUCGUCAGCGGUGCAAGCCUUCCCUGUGCCGAGUUCAUGGCGAUCGCAACGGAGACUUUUGUCAAGGAAGUUCUAUCCGUGGUAUUCUCGCGGACGAGAUCGAACGGCCCUUCAGGCACAAUCAACGGCAUGAUGAUGCGCAAGUACCGACAGCAGCUCGAAAGUGAGGAACUGGCAUUCACACGAGGAGAGAUCGUCAAGGAUAGCGCGACCGGUCUUCUCCCAGUUGAGGCCAAGGAGGCAAGCACCCGAAAACCCUUGGGCGUGCGAGAUCUCCGAUUAUCCCUGGAACUCGGCGGAGGUGUCCUGAGUCAUAUGCCUCUACUCGUGGAUCAGAUCAUGGGUGGGUAUCUCGAGGAUGAGUUAGAAACAGACAAGCAAGACCGGGUCGAGGAGGUGAUCGAUGUCCCCGAGACAAAGCCCGACAGUUACAUGGACGAAAUGGACGUGGAUGAGGCGGAGUUCGACUGGGAAGGUGGGACAGUCACGGAUCGGGAGCAAUUGGGUGCCCUUCUGGAUGAGUGUCUGUCAAUGGCCUCAUGA